GGGGAGGGAUGAGGGGUGAGGGAGCCGGGAGCCUCCGCUCCCGGAGGGAACAGGCGCCAUCGCGCCCGGCGGGACCGGAUGGGCUCCCAGCAUGGGGAGCCCCAGCGCCCCGACCCCUCGGGAUACGGGCUGCGCCGGGCCUUGGCUGAGCGUCCCCGGAAGGAUCAGCGGCCGCCCCUCCCUCACCACAGGGGAGGAACGGGGGUUGCCCUCAGACCCGUGCAGGGCUUGGUAGGACAUCAAACAACGUCUGGUCCUGUGUCUGUCCACAGAGCUUCAUGGAUAUGCAACUGCUCAGGUGACCAGUGUAUUCCUCCUUUCUGAGUCGCUGCAAGAAGAGUACUCCUAAGAGGCUUCCCUCCAUCAUAAAGAUGAAAAGAGACUCUGGAUAUUCCACCGUGGCUGAGCAGCAGAAGCAGGAAGAGAAGCUCUGGGAUGCCUUGAAGAUCAGUGCCUACGCCUUCAGUACAGGCCUGCUCACGUUCACUGCCUUAGUGAACUCUGUUUCUUGGUUUAUGCAGGAUAUAACUUUAGGCAAUUUCUGGCAAACAACAUGGCUGAAGUUCUACAACUUCUUUGAGGGAGAUGAGUGGACAAUCUUCCUCCUUGGGGCUGCAUUGGUGCCUGCACUUGCUUUCUGGGGCUUCAAUGGAAUCCUUAUGGUGGCUGAUAUAACAGGAAAGCCAACUUUCAUUACUCGCUAUCGCAUUCAGCUGGGCAAGAAUGAUCCUGUGGACACAAACAAGCUGUGCCAAGCCAUCUACACAGCACUGGGUAAUCAGUUCUUUGUCUCCUUGCCUAUGCUUGUGGCCAUGUUCCAUGUCAUGAAAUGGUGGGGCAACACCUUCAGCAAGGAAUUACCCACUUUCCAGUGGUUUCUUGUGGAGCUAAGCAUCUUUAUCAUAAUAGAGGAAAUUCUCUUCUAUUAUACACACAGGCUUGUUCACCACCCAGUCCUGUAUAGGCACAUUCACAAGAAGCACCAUGAGUGGACAGCCCCCGUCGGCGUGGUCUCCAUUUAUGCUCACCCUGUAGAACACAUACUCUCCAACACGCUGCCUGUCAUAACUGGCCCGAUGGUCAUGGGGUCUCACAUUGUUUCAAUCUCAGUGUGGUUCUCCCUUGCUCUCGUAACAACAAGCAUUUCACACUGUGGAUACCACCUGCCCUUCCUGCCAUCUCCAGAGUUCCACGACUUCCACCACCUCAAGUUCAACCAGUGCUAUGGAGUCCUGGGAGUGCUGGAUUAUCUGCAUGGCACAGACAGAGUGUUCAGACAAACCAAAGCCUUCGAGAGACACAAGGUCCUCCUCGGCCUCACACCACUCUCCGAAAGCAUCCCCGAGGCACCCAAGAGGGCCGAGUGAACCAGCCCAGCAGCUCUUGUGACCAGCAGUGAGAGACAAUGAUUUAUGCCAAAUAGUAUUUUAACUGGGAAACAGGUUAUUGUUCACACAUAACGAGACCCGAAACUGAAGUCAAACAUGCUGCUGGAAAUGACUGCACAUUUACUGCAAAAAACUCUUGCUCUAGAAAUCUAUUUUUAAGCAAAAUGUAGUGGUUUGCUUCUUAAUUACUUGCACUGUCCCUUGGUUCCAGCUGCCUGUGCAUGAGCCAGGUGUGUUCUGGACCACGUGGGAGUGGGGGAGUUUUCAUUAAGAAUUACUGAGGUUUUGGCACCAGUUUCCACAGGCCUCUCUCAGCAGCACUGACUCUAUAGAAACACCAGCAAGGUCACUGUAAUUGCAUGUGAUAGUAUUAAAACCACUAUUUUUCUGAGACUCAGAGCACCUGGGAUAGUAGAUGCAAUCCCAUGGAAAAAUCAGUGGUGCCACAGCUUUAGAAACUCUCCCCUGCCCAUGCAGCAGAGACCUGGCUCCCCCUGAGCAAUCUCUCCCUGGGAGAGGUCAGUCCCACUCUGAAUUAGGGCUGUCACGGCCUCAUGGCUGCUCCACAGACCAGUGGCAAACAAAAGUGAGUUUCCCCUCAUGGGACAGGGAAGGAGCUGGGAGUUGAUGUGCUACAUGCCAUCACCUCCUCCUGCUGAGCCUCAUCUCACUCCAAGAUACAACCAAAAUUCCACAAUGAUAAAUUACGGAAAGAGUCUCCAAGGAAAGCCAAGUCCCUGCUGUCCUGAGCUGUGUGGAGAUCAGUGAAACACUGUAAGAAAGAACUCAGCAUAGCAGCCCUCAGAGCUUUAUGCACAUCCCCAAGUACCUACAGACCCAUUGAGACAUACUGUGAAUUUUCUCAAAUCUUUUUAAGUUCCAGUCUUGCCUGGGGGUCUGGGACAAAAACAACACAUCUCCCCCCAGUGCUAGAGCAGUCCCCCGAGGAGGGGACACGCAGGGCUGACCUGUGCUGCACUCAGCUGUGGUCAGCCCAGCUCUACCUGUGGAAGUCAACUUGCUUCCCCAGCCCUCCUCUGGUCCCUGCAGCCACACAGGGAUGAACCUGGCCCACUCAUCAGCUCCCAGCUCCCUGGGGAGGGCAAGUCAGAACAGAAAACCCAGGCUGCGAUGUCUUUUGAAGUUUUUAUUUUUAUACAUUUUUUUUUGUAUUAAAAAGGAAAAAGCAUAAUUACCACAAAUUACAAAGGACUAAAGCAUUACUAGAAUAAUGAAUCACAUCAGCCUAGAAAGCAGAUAAUCUGAAUAAUAUUAAUGUUAUAAUACAAGCUCUCAUUCAAGUAUUUUACAUUUUUCUCUUUUCCGUUUAUACGUGAUGAUGAUCCUAGCACAUGGGUCAAAGAUUAUGUACUAUCAACAGAGAUGGAUCAUGUACAGCCGGCCGUAUUAACAAGAUUUUCCUCCCAAGUGA